GCACAAAACUACUCGAACAUGAAUACUUUUCUUAUAAAACAUUGACAGGUUAUACCCGGAAGUGACGACAUACGUCACUUCCGGGUAUCUUUUUUCUUCUGUCAGACCGCGACAUUUUGAAAGUAUCAACCCAACAGACGUUUCCAUACAACGACCUUGGAAACAUGACGUCCAUCACUGAUAAGAACAUAAUUGAUCGCUUUGCCAAUAAAAUGAAAGAGAUGCAAAACAAGCAACAGGAAGCAUAUGCAGAGAUCAUUGACACCACCACGGAGCUGUGCCGGUCCCACGGGCAGUUUGUCAAAUCUGCACUUGAUGCAGGUUCAAAGAAAUGUGAUAAUGACGAGAUGCUGUUUGACACCUUAGAAGCAUUUAAAAAAGAUUUGCAACAUAAAAAUGCAUUAUUGAAGGAAAAACAGCACGCUAUUACAAGAAUGGCAUCUGAUAUCGAUCAGAAGGAAAUACAGAAAGACGCUACCAUCCAGAAGAUUGAGAGGCUUAAAGAAGAACACGCGCGGAGAAAAGAGUUAAUGGAGUCUCAGUUUAAAGCAAACAAGGACCGACUGAAGAACCUGCAAAAAGCCAGAAUUGUCUUUCAGGAGCAUUUAGGAAUGGAAAUACGAAAGAUCCGCGGCACGGCACAGCAUGUCAACGGUGAGAAGUUGCAGUUUGUGUUCCGUAAUAUCAACCCCACUGAUCUGAACAGUGCCUAUGUUGUCACAUUGGGUAUCAAGGAAGACCGAGUGUAUCAAAUUGUGUCGAGCGACCCUGCGCUUGAGUGUCUGCCAGAUUUGGAAAGACGCCUUCAGGAGACCAACAACUUGCCAGCUUUCCUGGCUAACCUGCAUUCGAGUGAAAGGCGGGCUACACCCGGGACAAGUGGCCAGCUCAUCGCAGGACCAUCCCAAAACAUUUGGAGGCAACAAGAAACUGCUUGGAGAACUGCGCUCCUAUGCUAUCACCAUUCAGACCACCAUCCAAGAGCCAUGUCCACAGGACCCGUCCAUUACGUGCAUCAUCCUCUGGUCCACCAUCAGAGGCCCCUUGCCCUUCUUUUACAAGCCCUUCCCACAGAUGGAAAAGAGGAGAAGAAAUUAGAAAAGAGGAGAAGAAAGAAGAAAAGAGAAGAAGAAAGUAGCAAAGAGGAAAACAAAGAAGAAUCACGAAAAGAGAAGAAAAGAGGAAGAGAAGAAAGAAAAAAAGAGGAGAAGAAAGUAGCAGAGAGGAGAAGAAAGAACAAAACAAUUAAGAAAUGAGAAGAAAGAAGAAAAGAGGAGCAGAAGAAAGAAGAAAAUAAUUGAGAAAAGAGGAAAAGAAAAGAGAAUUGAAAAAGACAAGAAAGAAGAAAAUAAUUUUUUUUAAAAAG